AUGAGACCGCAGUUUGUCACGUUUGGGGACUCAAUUACGCAGCGCGGGUUUGCACCCGGCUGGACUGGCUUGCUGGCGGACGCCUACCAGCGGCGGGCCGACGUAAUCAACCGCGGAUACAGCGGCUACAACUCGCGCUGGGCCUUGCAGCUGCUGGACCGCGUGUUCCCCGAGCCCACUGCUGCCGCGCCGCCGCCCCGCCUGGCCACGGUGUUCUUUGGCGCCAACGACGCUGCUCUGCCAGACCGGGGCUCUGCCCGCCAGCACGUGCCGCUGGACGAGUUCCGCUCCAACAUCCGCGCCAUUGCGCAGCGCCUGCAGCAGAUCGGUGUGCCUGCAGUGGUGCUCAUCACACCACCGCCCAUCUCCGAGCCGGACCGCCUCGUGCAUGUGGAGAAGACUUACGGCGUGAAGCUGGAGGUGCCGGAGCGGACAAACGAGGUGGCGGGGCAGUAUGCGGCGGUGGUGGAGGCGCUGGCGGCGGAGCUGGGCCUGCCUUGCCUCAACCUCUGGCGCGCCUUCCAGCAGGUGCAGGGCUGGCAGCAGAGGCUGCUGAACGACGGGCUGCACCUGACGCCCGAAGGGAACGCCGAGGUGUACCGCUUGCUGCAGCAGAUCAUCGACCAGCGCUUCCCAGAGCUGCGGUGA